CGUAUUUGUUUCUCUAUUUCAGCAGCAGUUGCCCAUUUUCUACCGUGAAUCCUUCCAUAUCUUUCAUCCCAAAACCUCAAAAACAUAUUUUCACCAUCAUGAAGAGCUUCUCACUCAUUUCAUACGCCAUUUUCUUGACCUGCAUCUACUCUGCUCGAUGUUCCAACCCAAUCAGUAUCACAGUGAAUGAAACUGACGGAUUAGCCUUGAUCAGUUUCAAAGAAAAAGUAUCUCAGGAUCCGCUUGGAAUAUUAAAUUCAUGGAACAAUUCACUUCAGUUUUGCCAGUGGCCAGGUAUCCAAUGCAGCAGGCGACAUCAGAACAGAGUCACCGUAUUAGAUCUGCAGUCAUAUGGUCUAAAAGGCUUCCUUUCACCACAUAUAGGAAACCUUUCAUUCCUUAGAAGAAUAGACCUUCAAAACAACAGCUUCCAUGGUGAAAUACCACCUGAAAUUGGUCGAUUGUUUAGGCUGCGACUUCUUGACCUCAGCAACAAUUCCUUCCAUGGACAGCUUCCCACCAAUCUGUCAGGUUGUGCGGAUCUUAGACUCCUCAAUCUUAUUGAUAAUAAGAUCGGGGGAAGAAUCCCAGUGGAACUUGGCUCUCUCUCAAAGCUUACCGGUCUUGGUUUAUCUAUCAACUAUUUUACCGGAAGCAUCCCAGCUUGGCUUGGUAACAUGUCAUCUCUUACCAAGCUUUCUAUCGGUAGCAACCUAUUCCGAGGUAGCAUUCCUGGCAGCCUUGGCCAAAUUCAAAGGACCAGUUCCAAGGGAUUUAUCAAAGCUGCAAAAUCUAAGAAUAAUAGAUGGAAGCGAAAACAGAUUGGGCACUGAAGAAGGUAAUGACUUGGAUUUUGUUAAUUCUUUGACAAAUUGCACUCAUCUGCAAAGUAUUUACUUCCCUUUCAAUCUUCUCAGAGGUCCAUUUGUUAGGAAUGUAGCCAACCUUUCAACCCAAAUUAAAGAAAUAAAUUUCAGGACAAACCAGAUAUAUGGAAGCCUCCCAUUAGGAAUUGGAAACCUUGUCAAUCUUGAAACUUUGAACAUGGGAUUAAAUUAUCUUACUGGUAGUCUUCCUGCUCACAUUGGAAAGCUUCAAAGACUACGACGACUAUACUUCAAUGUGAAUAAACUCUCAGGGAAUAUACCAUCUUCGUUGGGGAACUUAACCUUAUUGAACUACUUCAGUUUACGAGAAAACAACUUUUCUGGACAAAUACCUCCAGAACUCUCAAGGUGUAAAGGCCUUGUAUUUUUGUCUCUUUCUGAUAAUAACCUAAGUGGUCCAAUUCCUGAAGAACUUACGGGACUGUUCUCCCUCUCAAUAACCUUGAACUUGAGUCAUAAUUCUUUGACUGGUUCACUGCCUCAAGGAAUUGGUAAGUUGAUAAAUCUUGAGGUUUUGGAUGUUUCCAACAAUAACUUGUCAAGCGACAUUCCUAGUAGCAUUGGUAAUUGCGUAAAAUUGGUAUAUCUUGACCUGAAAGGCAACUUCUUUAGUGGAGAGCUUUCCAGGUCCUUGGCAACUGUGCGAGGUCUAGAAUAUAUUGAUCUAUCUCACAAUAACAUUUCAGGCCAUAUACCUGCCUUUCUUGGAGAGCUUUCUUCAGCAACCAUCUUGAAUCUUUCUUUCAAUGAACUUUCUGGAGAAGUUCCAACUAAUGGAAUCUUCCAAAACGCAACUAUAGUUUCACUUUCUGGAAAUGAUAACUUUGUGGAGGUAUCCCAGAAUUUGGUCUUCCAGAAUGCGAUAAUGGAAAGGAUCUUGCUGUCAAAGUCAUAA